ACGGUGCGGCGGGACGGAACCUCCCCCUGUUGUCCCCAGCAGCCCCGGAUCAGAGGGGGAGAGAGGACGCCGAGACACCGACACGGAGCACCGGCUACCGGAGAGCUGCAAGCGGGCUGUAGCACCUCCAGCUGCCGUUCAGGGACUCGGUCUGCGGGCCGCUCCGGGACCGACCGGGACCGGGACCAGGAGGGUGUCCGGGCUGAGCGCCGCCGCCGCCCGUCCUGCGGUUCCGGAGCCGCGGGGAAGUUCUCCGGAGAGUCGUGCGGGUCUGGUGCGUGUUGGAGGAGCAGCAGCAGGAGGACGAGACUGGAUUAAUACACACGCACGCACGCACACGCGCACAUACCCGCAGCAGCCCGUGGACGCACCGGACCUGGUUGCGGCUCGCGGUUUUACGCAGCGCUCCUGGAAGUGGUCUUUAAAUGCUGGAGGAUCCGGAGGACCGCAGGAGUCCAGCUGGAGGCUCCGACUAGACCGACAUGUGGAGGAGCGGGCUGGCCGGAGCCCUGCUGCUGCUGGGGGCUCUGAGUGCAGGGCUGAUCCACGGGGAGGCCGACACCAGGGAGUGUUUGUUCUACAACGUCAACUACGACGUGGAGAAGACCAACCAGAGCGGAGUGGAGCGCUGCGAAGGAGAGACGGACAAACGGUCGCACUGCUACGCCUCCUGGAGGAACAGCUCCGGGUCCAUCGAGCUGGUGAAGAAGGGCUGCUGGCUGGACGACUUCAACUGCUACGACCGACAGGAGUGUGUGGCGACAGAGGAGAGUCCUCAGGUCUUCUUCUGCUGCUGUGAAGGAAACUUCUGCAACGAGAGGUUCACACACCUGCCUGAUGUCACCGGACCACUGAUCAAGGCUCCGCCCCGCAGCCUCGGCGUCCUCAGCGUCCUGAUUUACUGCCUGCUGCCCGUCUCCAUGCUGUUCCUCGCUCUGCUCACCGCCGUCUGGAUGUACCGACACCGCAAGCCUCCGUACGGACACGUGGACAUCACCGAGGAUCCUGGUCCUCCUCCUGCCUCCCCCCUGCUGGGUCUCAAGCCCCUGCAGCUGCUGGAGGUGAAGGCCAGGGGGCGCUUCGGCUGCGUGUGGAAGGCCCAGAUGAUGAACGAAUACGUGGCCGUCAAGAUCUUCCCCAUCCAGAAUAAAGAGUCGUGGCAGAACGAGAGGGACGUGUUCAUGACGCCGGGGAUGAGGCAUGAGAACAUCCUGAGGUACAUCGGCGCAGAGAAGCGAGGAAACCACCUGGAGGCCGAGCUGUGGCUCAUCACUGAGUUCCAUGAGAGGGGCUCCCUGUCUGACUUCCUGAAGGGAAACGUGGUCAGCUGGUCUGAGCUCUGCCUGAUAUCCGAGUCGAUGGCGUGCGGCCUGGCUUACCUCCAUGAGGACAUCCCCCGACACAAAGGAGAGGGACCCAAACCGGCCAUCGCUCACAGGGAUCUGAAGAGUAAAAACGUCAUGCUGCGUUCAGACCUCACCGCCGUCAUCGGAGACUUCGGCCUCGCCGUUCGCUUUGAGCCGGGAAAACCACCUGGAGAGACGCACGGACAGGUGGGAACCAGGAGGUACAUGGCUCCAGAGGUCUUAGAAGGAGCCAUCAACUUCCAGAGAGACGCCUUCCUUCGAAUCGACAUGUACGCCCUGGGCCUGGUGCUGUGGGAGCUGGUGUCCCGCUGCAAGGCUGCCGACGGUCCGGUGGACGAGUACAUGCUGCCGUUUGAGGAGGAGCUCGGUGGGCAUCCAUCCCUGGAGGACCUGCAGGAAGUCGUGGUCCACAAGAAGAUGAGGCCGGUCUUCAAAGAGCUCUGGCUCAAACACAGCGGUCUGGCUCAGAUCUGUGAGACGGUGGAGGAGUGCUGGGAUCACGACGCUGAGGCUCGUCUGUCGGCCGGCUGUGUGGAGGAGAGGAUCUCACAGGUCCACCGCCUGGUGGCCACCAUCACCCCACCUACCUCCGACCACAACGCCCUGCUGGCGUCCACCAUCCCACCCGUUCCCAUGGUAACCAAUGUCGACCAGCCGCCCAAAGAGUCCAGUAUAUGAGGAGAAAGAAACAAACGAAGAGCAGAAAACCUGCUGCUUCUGGAGCGUUCCUGAUGUUAGCGCUGAAACAUUCACUCACACACACACACACACACACACACAUGUUUGUUUUUCUAUACCGGUGGGGACUUACCAUUGACUCCCAUUCAUAUCUAACUCCUAACCCUAACCCUAACCCUAACCUUAACCAUCACCAAAUCAAUGCCUAACCCUAAACAAACGUUUUUGCACUUUUACAUUUUUUAUUAACAACAAUAUGGCCCAGAAAACGGUGUUGCCACCCGUGGGGACCUCAUUUUAGGUCCCCACCGUAAGACAAGUCCCCACCUUUAUAGCAAAUAGUCAGGUCAAAGUCCCCACCGGUAUAGCAGAAACAAGUACACACACACACACACACACACACACACACACACAUCAUGUUUUCUCAGUGGAAUUUUAAACCAGAAAUGCGGUGUGAGAGCAGCUGCUAUUUUAUCUCUUUGGACUUGUUUUGUUGUCUAACUGUCCUCCUCCUUGUCUUCGUCCUGUGGGACAGACAGUACCAGCACACGUCCUUGUUUUCCUCCACCUUCCUCUCUGACUCAUUCGUGUCUUUUUUAGCGGGAAGCAGAAAGGCAUUCAGGUCCGACUCAGUGAAUGCUAUCUCCAGGUACCUCAGCGACCACUUUCCUUACUCAUUUUUUACCGUUCUUCAGGCGUAUUCUUCCUCUGCUGUUUUCUUCUCCAUAUCUGGAUUUUAACUUCCUACCUGGACACUUUGCAGCGGCGUCUCCUAGCAACCAUCGGGCGACUGUUGGGACAUUUUCUUUUUUUACUACGAUGCUGCAAAACCCGAGUAGGAACACCAGGACUGUUAUCCAGCAGCAGACACCGACAGCAGGCUUUCAAACGUUGAGUUUUUCUACUUUUUCUGGACUCUUUUGUUUGUUGUUGCUCUCCUGCGACCACAUGUUGCUUUUCACACGACAAACCUUCGGAUCCAACGGGUUGCAUCCAAAAGACGGGAAACGUGACGGGACGGAAGGACGAAGGCUUUCAGUGCGGAAGUUUGCUUUUUCUCUGGCUUCGUGUUCAGCAGGUUGAACGCUGAGGGAACUCUUGGACUGGUCAGGAACCAGGAAGCAAACGUCUUGCAUGCAGAGAUUUGAUUGGCUGACUGCGCUCAACCACAGCAUUAUGGUUGGAAUGCAACUUCUCAGGUAACCAGGUGUACGGGGGGCGGGGACAUGGGGACGCCGGCCGCAGUUGUCCACGGUCGGGAAUGGGGGCGGGGCUAAUGGAAGCCUUCAGUGGGAGGGGCUUAUCUGAGGGUGCUCUAAGCCUGUUGGCGUACAUUUGUAAGGUGCCCAAACAAGGGAAACACGUGUUCCCCGAAAAAUGGUGCAAGACCUCAACAUGCAUAGAGUGUUUAUGCAUUCAGGUCAGUGUGAGAGUGUGUGUGAGUGUGUGAGUGAACGGUCACAUGGUGUGACGGUGUGUUCUUGGUUUGGUGUGCUAGUCUACCUGCUGAUCCUGCGGUCAUUCCGUUGAGCAGCAGGAGGUCAGUGGGAGGUCUGUGUCCUUUGACCUGCUGCCCUAAACAGCGCCGCCCUGUGGCAGAGCUGCAGCACUGCAGAAAACCUGCACUUCUAGAGCUUGUUUUAAGCGUGACAUGUCCGUACGGCUCGGUUUUCCGUCAUUUUAGCCACGCCCCCUCACUCUGCCCUCCUCCAGGGGAACAUUUCCGUGAAGUUCACCUCCAGAUUUCUCCACCAAUGCAGCUACAGAACAGGAGCUUCUAGCAGCAGAAAUCCAGACUUUUGUAGGAUUCAUCACAGAGAUCGCCGUGGUAACCGGGUUAUGAACUGUUUAUGGCGUGAAUUUAAAACUAGCUGCUGAAAUGCUACUGUUGGGUAAAAUGCCGUGUUGUAAGUGGAGUUAACCCUUAAAAAGCCGGGACCGCGUAAACUCGUUCACGCUUACUCGUACACACAGCCGAAACCGAACAUUCUCGGCUCAACACGUGUGACUUGUUUAUGAUUGCUAAUUAACAUAAAAUAUGCACACACCCGUAGGUUUAAGUCGAUAUAAACAUUGGCCUCAAAUUUGCUUCUUUCAAACGAUAAAGCCGUAUGAGCCCUUAUAACGAAGCCACAAUUACGAAGCUCUUAUCGGGGCCGCGUACGACAAUGCGACCUCGCAAGACUUGAUCGAUAUUUUUAUGGAUUAGGUGGUUUUAGUAUAAGUACUUCUCCAGAAACAUGGCCUUCAUGCUAGGUGUGUUUUCCAGGGUGAGAUAGCUGGCCUCACGCCCAACCCCCAACCUGGAGGACCAGGGUGGAUUGCCUCGAAUGGCUAACGGUUAUUCACCAAAACCGGGUGUUACAAUCAGAGUUUUCCUUCUCCUAGACGCGCUGCUGUCCAAAGCUAAUGAGCCCCGUCUACCCAUCGCCCCUGUAGUUUAGCCUGGAGCCGAAUGGUAUCCAGUUUCCAUGGAUUGCCACGGGGAGGCACUACAUAGGACUUGUUGUGGAGAGGCUGUAUACUGGCAGAGAGAGACUUACGCACUGGGCUCUCCUUUUCACUAAGCUGAGCUAGCUAGCCAGUGGUGGAGCUGAAAGCGAGCUACACACUAGACGCUCACACUGGUCCCAGAUCUCCCAGUCUGAAGCUGCUCUGGUUGGGUCAAAGGUCACAGGUCACCUCCUCAGUUUCCUCUCUGCUCAUCUGGUUUCAUUUUUCCUUCAACCGGGACCAAAAGCGAGGCGGCCGGCAGACAGAAACACAAACCAAGAACUGUGUGGUUUUCUUUGUGUGCUUUUGUUUUUGUGUUCUUCUGUGAUGCCAUACAUGUAACAGUGAAUGUCUACGAUGCUGCUGCUGCUGACCAUGAUGAUGAUGAUGAUGAUGAUGAUGAUGAUGGUGGUGGUGAUUCAGACUCAAAGAUGAAUAUAUUUCUGUAGAUCUCUUUUUAUUGUUAGUUUUACUUUGGCUGCAUUGAACACAUGAAACUCCGUGUGGUUGUACGAAGUCGGCGUUGGAGGAGCGACGAGGAACAGCACCGGCUAAUAAAGGAGCGGCAAAGACAGAAGCUGGGAGAUGAACAAUGUGGGACUCGGUGGAAACAAUACUGCUCAAGAAGCACAGAUCACCUCAAUACAGCAGAAAUACCUCAGAAGACUUUUCUACGAGUUCGACUCGUGUUUCUAGAUUUUGUUAGUUACUUUGAAGACUUGUAGUCAUGUGAUAUUUGAUUGAUUCUGUUUUUGUUUUGGAUGAGACUCUUUGAUUCGAGAACUUUGUGUUUGUUCAUCAAAUGUCCAAAGUGAUGAAGAAGAAAUGUGAGCAGGUCCCUCAAACCUCCAUGCUGGUUUUACUCAGAUCUGACAUCAGAAACACACCAGGAUGGGCGUCACUCCUCCACCACCCUGCACUCUCCUCUGUCUCCUCAUCUCCUCUGUCUCCUCAUCUCCUUUCCUUAUCUCCUAUCUCUCCCCUUGUGUCUAAUAGUCUGCUCUGCCUUCUACUGUUUCCUGUCUUCCUCCUCGGGCCGAUCAAGAUUUGUUUUUGUUUUUUACCCGAUUCAGUCUGGAAUCCCAAUCUGACACCAUUUACCUGAUAAGACGCUCUUGUAGAAAUCGUCCAGUUAGAAAGAGCUCCUACGUUUUCUGCCGUUGUUUUUACUCUCUGGUGAGUGAGAUAAGGAAGAAAAACAAUGAGACAAAAUGACACAACAGAGACACAAAAGAUAAAAAAACAGGACACAAAAUGACAAAAAUGAGACUCAAAAUAACAAAGACAGACACAAAAUGACAAAAACAGACACAAAACGACAAAAACGAGACACGACAAAAACACACAAAACGACAAAAACGAGACACGACAAAAACACACAAAACGACAAAAACGAGACACAAAAGGACAAAAAUGAGACACAAAAGGACAAAAAUGAGACACAAAACGACAAAAACGAGACACAAAACGACAAAAACACACAAAACGACAAAAGCAGACACAAAACGACAAAAGCAGACAAAAUGACAAAAACAGACGCAAAAUGACAAAACAAGACACAAUUGAAUGACUUGAAAGUGACAACAAAGAGCCGAAAUCACAAACUAUAAAGAAGGUUGUGCAUGUGAUCAUAGUCCAGCUGUAGUUCCUGGUUGUUCCAGCAGGUGGAGCUUCUUCCUGUUUGAUCCUGUGGAGACCAGAGGAGGAUAAAGCAGAGAGCAUUGUGGGAGUUCAGCUGGUAAAGGGGCACCAUGACAAAGACUUCUGUUCUACUUAAUGACCUCCUGAACCAGGUGUUUCAGACAAACUGAGGUCAUACAUGGUGUUUUGUUUUUUACAGAACAUUUUAGCAGAAUAAAUCAUCCAUCUGUUGACUCAAACAGGAAAAUCAAAGCAGGAUAAAUGCUGCUGAGUUUGUGUUCUGUAGUUUUGAUUGGUAAUACAGCAGAUUAAGACAAUAUUUCAGCGUUUUUGUCCUGCCUCAUAUCAUGUUCUCCCUCUAUAACCCGUUCAUGUUUGUGCAGAUGGGAUCAGUUAGAAACGCUUUGAUUGGUCCGGAUCUUUCAGAUCAGAUCAGGACAUCCCUAAUUCUUACUUUCCUCUCCUCGUCUUUACAGUCUUCAUCCUUUUUGUGUCCUUUUCUUCGUCUCUUCUCGACUCUUUUCUAGUCUUCAUCUCCUCAUUUUGUCUCCUUUCGUCUUCCAUCUUUCUCCUUCCCUGUCACCUUGUUUCCUUCCUCUAUCCUUCCCUCCUUUAGUUCUGCUGUCUCCUCUUCUUCCUCCUCUUCAUCUCUGGCGUGGCGCCUCCUUCAUUCCUGCCUUUCUUCCCUUCUUCGCUCCUUCCUUCCUUCCUCCUUCCUUCCUUCCUUCCUCCCUCCUCUCGCUUCCUUCUUCCUUCAGUCCUUCACAUUGGUUCUGAUUGUCCCAGCAGCUGAUAUUUGGAUCUAGAUACCUUCAGAAUCCCUGACUGCCUCUUGGUGAAGCUGACCUGACCUGCCCACAUUUGAUUCUGACUCACGCUGGUCUCAGAACACUUGUCCUCAUUUCAGGGCUGAUCCCUGUGGGACACUCGACCUCUUAGACCGAGCCGAGUGGUCGGGAUGCUGACAGACGAAUGAAGUGAGGGACGGCAGCAGCAGCCCCGCCCAGAUCCAGGUGUUUCCAGGAACAUAUUACCUCAUUAAAGCCUCAUGAAAGGUGGAAAUGCUGCUCUGGGAAGGCAGCGGUCGGCGGCGUUGGUGGGGAGACUCGGGCAGCUUUAUCGAACACGACGUUGUUUUUUUACAGACAUCUUAGCUCCAGCUACCAGGAGAUGCUGCUACAGCCAGCAUUUAAAGGUCAGAAAGACAGCUAGCAUUGUUAGCAUCCCACAGUCACACCACAAACCAAGAGAGGGGGACCAAUCUGUUGUAUGCUAACAAUGCUAAAGCGCCCUUUCUGACCGAGCCACGUGCCAAUGCAGCCGAUAUUCCCCCUCAUGAUGUGAAACUGGUACAGGACAUAACAAAUCCACAUCUAAUGUCAGUUUGUGUCCAUAGAACCACUCUGAAGGGUUUUCUGUCCUGCGUUCACUGCAGAACCUCUACAAGGAUUUGCUCUUGCGGCGUGUUAGCAUUGUUAGCAUUGUUAGCACUGUUAGCACAGCGCUGGCUAACAGAGCGACUCCUCUAAAGCAGAGCUGAUGUCUGAGCAUCGGUCAUGAAGUCUAAAGAUACGGCGAGCUGUGAAGAGUCACAAGGAGCUGCUGAGGACGGAGACGGAUUUAAAAUACGUGUGAAAUGUUCGCUUGAUCAAUCAAAUAAUUUCCAGGAUAUAUGGUUUUUUUAAUGUCAGUGUUUUUUUUCUUACAUUGAAAUUUGAGGCUGUUUGAACAAUAAUAUCUCAGAAACUUUAAAAGAGAAAAACCGUAAAUUCUCCCUGUUAUUUCUCAUCACAUCAUUGAUUUAGAAUCUACAAUGUUGGGCAAAUAAAUCAAAUAAUUCCUGAUUUUCAUCCUGAAAAAAAUGAAAUUUCAGUGUGAAAAAAGGUGGGUCGACGGGCAGUUUUAUCACCAAGAUUUAUCCUGGAAAGUAUCUGAUAUCUGAAUCUAAAUUACUCAGAUCGCUUUUUAAAUAUCUAUAGUUUAUGAUGAAACCGAGAUGGCCGAGCAGAAAGUCGCUGAUGAUUAUUGAUCCUGUGAAGGUUAAUCUGCAGGUUACCCAGAGUUCUGACAGCGUAUGUCAGUGGGUCAGAACGAGGGAACAACAAGCAGCAGUAAAUGCAAUAAGAACAUUUGUUAUCGUUCCUAGAACUAACUGAAUGCACAAAAACUGAACAUGACAGGCAUCAGCUGUACCUAAUAAAGUGGACACUUGGUGCAUCAGGGGCAAAUGAAAUCAAUGUUGGAUACACUUUAGAAAUAAAUAAAACUGGUCCAAGGCAGUGACGCUCUUUAGUUUUAUAUCCACAUUUCUUUUAAUCCAGCUGUUAGCCUCCAUGCUAAUGAGCCUGAGCGAGCAGCCAGCGUCUGUCCGGGUUCCCGCUUUCACAGCAUUUCACAUUUUACAGUCUGGUUUCCACCGAUUGUGAGCAAUUCUUCCAUUUUUGUGGCCAGUCAAGUGCCUGUAAGGAGAAACCAAGAAGUCGGCACUUGUUGGUUUCUCCUCAACGUGUCAGGUGGUUUUACUUUCAGUCAGUUAGCCUUAGCUAGCAGCAGAGGGACGGACAGUGAACCAAACCACAUGAAACCUUCCUCCUCCUCAGCUGCUGCCGUUUGUGACUCGGUGCAGAUUAACCAUCAGCUCUUCAUCCCGUGGUUUUACCUUCUGCUUCCAUUUUCCCAACAACAGUUGGGAGAAAACACAACCGUUGUGUUGUUGCUGAUUAAAGAAGGCCAUGUUACCUGCACGUGGUUACUGACCAAUCCAAACGCAGCAUUUCAAAUGUGACUGAGGCCUUCCAUUGGUCAGAGGAGGGGGUCACGGCCACUGACUGUAUGUAAAAGAUGGACGUAGCUUUUAGUUUGAGAUUUUGGCCCUCAGCAUUUCGAUGUUUUGAAUCAGACAUUAGGAGCUAGAGCUGAGAACUUGAGAACAUGCGGUGUCUUUAUUGUAUGUUCUCCUAUAAAUGGGACCAUAAUUUACUAGAAGAACAACAUUCUGUAUUGAGAAAGUCUUAAAACUAGUGACUGAAACCAUAAAGUCAUUAGUAAAAUGCUUACAGAGGUAAUAAAUCAAGUGAGGAGUAGCUCAUUUCUCAUCCUUACUGACAUGUUAUUCCCACCUGCUGGCCGUUGGAGAGAAUGCAGGUUUAAGAUCAUUUUAAGUCUGUCUUGUGCCUACAGACUUUGGUCAAACUGAACAAAGUGCUGCCGUUUGUCAACCUGGAUGAAAGGAGUAGUAUUCCCAUGACUGAAGAUGGUCGCCUCCUGUUUUGACUCCCCGUCCCUGACGUCCACGUAGCGUCCAUCCAUGGACAGAAGCAGUGUGCAGCUCUUUCAGAAGCCUUUCCUUUAUGUUCUGUCUGAACUUACUGUGGCUGCUGCUGCCUUCUCUACCCUGAUAACACCAAGAGGCAGCGUGCUUCAGAACGAGGUUAGAUUUACUACAGCUUUUCUCUCAGAUCUGUUCUCAUGGAAAACUACUGCGAGGUGCUUCAGAAGAACCAACUGAACUUCUUGAAGAUGUUCCACCUCUCAACCAAGAGGUGCUCCAGUUCUAACUGAUCGGUGGGGAGUCUCAGGUUUUUUCUGUCACCUCCAAAACACACGGUUAAUGACUCGCAUGACUCACGGUGUGCAUUGGUACUGAAACCGCCCGGGGAGGGAUGACUUCAAGUGUUGGGCAGUUUCACUACGAUUCAUAACUUAAGUCAUCCCUCCUCGGGCAGUUUCAACAUGAUUCAUACCUAGAUAGGAAUGAACUAAGGUAUGAAUCAUGGUGAAACUGCCCGAGGAGGCAGGUCUCAACAUGUAAAUGGUGGAGAAACUGCCUGGGGUGGGAUUACUCCUGGUGUUGAUGGUGGUAAAACUGCCCGGGGAAUGGAUGUCAGGACUGUGUACCUGGCAGGUCGUGUGAGGUACUCGUACCACAGUUGUGAGGUCCCUCCCCAGGCAGUUUCACCACCAUUACACUGUGAGUCUUACGUCAUAAAGCCGUGAGCCAUGCAUUUGUGGGCGAGAAUAACCUCCUGGGACUCCCCACCAGACAGUUAGAACCAGGGAAACCUCCUGGACCAGCGUCUUCAAGAACCAGAAACAGAAGUCCGGUUGUUUCUACUGGAGCUCUUGUGAUUUCCAUGACUUUGAUGGUUGAAUCUUCACAGAUGUGAAAUCAUAUUUACCACCUAGUUUCCCCCAAAAUAAUGUGGUUAUCAGGAAAAAGGAUCUCACCUAUUACAUGUCUGCUGAGGAGAGAACGGUCUGUGCGGACUUCAGGGACUCUUUCUAACACAAAGUGAAACUGGACCUUUCUAAACACAGUUACCUUAGAAUGGGAGGCGACCAUCUUUUCCAAACCCAGUCCUCCAUUGAGAUGACUGAAAUGUAAACCUGGUGCUUCUAGCUCAGCUGUAGAACGCAGAGACAAACUACCGACUGAACCGAUGCUGGAACAAAGAGCUCAGAGCUGCUGUUCACUGCUGUAAAACAACGAGCCCUGAGUUCUGGAGAGAAGCGGAGUCUGUCAAACCAAGAAAUGUGUCUGCAGGCAUCCAGCAGAGCAGAUGGAGGGCAGCAAGGAGAACGGUGAAGUGAAGGAGGUCCUCCAGGUGCUUCUGAGGUCCCAGUGGCCGUUUCUGUUGUCUUCUGGUCAUUGUGAGAAGCAACGAUCACUGGAACGUACGUGUUUCAUUUGCAGCCUGAUGAAGAUCCCCUUGUUAGGAAUGAUUUGUUUUUUAUUAUUAUUUUUAUUGUGGUGGUUUGUAGAGAAAAAACUCCAGUCAUGGAGCUGUUUCUGCCUAGAAAAAAGUGUGUGUGUGUGUGUGUGUGUGUGUGUGUGUGUGUGUGUGUGUGUGUGUGUGUGUGUGUGUGUGUGUGUGUGUGUGUGUGUGUGUGUGGUCUCUCUUUUCUUAUCUACUUUCAUAAACCUGUUGUAUAUCUCUCUUUCUAUGUAUUAUCUUCCUCUCUCCACCCAGUGCCACGAUCAUUAUUGUAUGAAUGAAUGUAGUUCUAGUCCUCAGCGACGACAAACACACACACACACACACACACACACACACACACACACACACACACACACACACACACUGUUCGUGAAAUAUAAAAUAAAAGUCACUGUAGAAAAAGAAGGUUAUUUCAGUUGGAUCUUUUGUAUCUGAAAUAAACGAUAAAUCCUGUGAAAUCA